CUCUCGUCGAAGGCCACCUUAGAACCUCGCCGAAUAAACUUAGCUACCCCAGAAAACUUCUCGAAACCAUGUCCGUCAACGGCCUCAAGGCGAUCACGCCCGUUCCCAAUGUGAACGAUUUCCUGGACAUCAUCCUGUCCUCGGUUCAGAGGAAGACUCCCACCGUCAUCCACAAGAACUUCAAGAUCUCUCGUAUCAGGAACUUCUACAUGCGAAAGGUCAAGUUCACCCAGGAUCUUUUCGACAUGAAGCUCGGUGGAAUUCUCUCCGAGUUCCCCAUCUUGGACAACCUCCACCCCUUCCUCUCCUCCCUCCUCAACGUUCUUUACGACAAGAACCAUUACAAGCUCGCCCUCGGUCAGCUUAACACUGCUCGACACUUGAUCGACCAGGUCGGAAAGGAUUACGUCAGGCUGUUGAAGUUUGGAGACAGCCUGUACAGAUGCAAACAGCUCAAGAAGGCUGCUCUCGGAAGAAUGGCCACGAUCAUGCGUCGUCAGAAAGAACCCCUGGCCUACCUCGAACAGGUCCGACAACACAUCUCGCGUCUCCCCGCUAUUGACCCGAACACGAGGACGUUGAUCAUCUGCGGAUACCCCAACGUCGGAAAGAGUAGUUUCAUCAACAAGAUCACCAGGGCUGAUGUGGAUGUUCAGCCGUAUGCUUUCACUACCAAGUCGUUGUUCGUUGGACACAUGGACUACCGAUAUUUGCGAUGGCAGGUGAUUGACACUCCCGGUCUUUUGGACCGACCUCUGGAGGAGUUCACCACGAUUGAAAUGCAGUCCAUUACCGCCCUCGCCCACUUGCGAUCCGCCGUCCUCUACUUUAUGGACGUUUCCGAGCAGUGUGGAUACACCGUUGAGGCUCAGUGCAAGCUCUUCCACUCGAUCAAGCCCUUGUUCAACAACAAGCCCGUUAUCCUCGUCAUCAACAAGAUCGACGUUUUGAGGUUGGAUGAACUGCCCGCCGAGACCCGCGUCCUCGUCGACGAGAUCAUCAAUCUUCCCGAAGUCACCUGUGUGCAGACUUCGGCCUACACCGAAGAGGGAGUCGUCAACGUCCGAGACAAGGCAUGCGACGCCCUUCUGGCCCAUCGAGUUGAGCAAAAGUUGAGGGGCAACAGGCUCGAAGCUGUCGCCAACAAGAUUCACGUCGCCAUGCCCUCCAAGCGAGAUGAUGUCGAGCGACCGGCGUUCAUCCCGCCUGCCGCGUUGGCCAAGAAGAAGUACGACAAGGAGGACCCGGAGAGGAUCAGGUUGGAGAGGGAUGACGAGCAGGAGAUGAUGGGCCAGGGAAUCUUUACCCAGGACCUCCGAAAGGGAUGGUUGUUGGAGGACCCCGACUGGAAGUACGACGUACAGCCCGAGCUCUUGGACGGAAAGAACGUUGCCGACUUUAUCGAUCCGGAUAUCAUGGAGAAGCUCGAGGCUUUGGAGCGGGAAGAGGAGAAGCUCGAGGCCGAGGGAUUCUACCAGAGCGACGACGAGGAGAUUGUCGGCUCGGACGAGGAAGAGAUCAGGGACGCUGCCAAGCAGAUUGCCGAGAAGAAGGCUCUCCUGAAAAAGCUCUCGCAGAGCAAGAACACGCUCAAGAACCGACCAGUCUUGCCUCGAAAGACUCAGCACGUGUCGCUCAAGCAGUUCACUACUGGAAUGAAGCAGAUCGGACUCGAUCCCAAGCACCUGGAGAAGAGGGCCGAGAAGCUCGUCGCCAAGGAGAAGGAGGCUUACGAGGCCUUCAAGGCCCAGAACGGUGGAGACGAUCAGGACGGGAUGGACGUGGACGAGGAGGCUGUCGCUGGGCCUUCUACUGGUACUAGCAAGUACACAGGAAGGAGCAGAGCUAUCGCCGAGCGACGUGCACCCCGAACGGAUCGACGAACCGGAGGUCUCACUACGGCGACGCAAUCCGCCAAGGCCGACGAGCUCGAGAGGCUUGGACGAAGGCCUGCUGCGUUGUUUGGACGUGCUGGUGAGGGUGAUCGUCAUGUACCGGACAUGAAGCCGAAAUGGUUGUACAGUGGAAAGAGGAAGAAUGGAACGAACGACCGACGAUAGAUUGCUGGCCCCGAGAUUGUUGGUCGUGGUGUUGCCUUGUAUUUUUCCCGAUUGUUACCCUCUUUCAUGUACUUGGAGCUGUACGAAUACCAUCAUUUUCUGCGAUAUCGUGACCAAAGCAAAGCGCCCCUCGCAAACCCGAU